AUGUUUGAAUAUACUUCAAGACUUGCUUUUUCUCUUAAUUUAAUUGCCAAUAAAUAAAGGUAAAACUAUAUUAUAAAUUAGAGAAUUAAUUGAUGAAUUUGUAACUGAUUCUAUGUUUGCUAUAAGCACGGAUAAAAGAACAAGAUAGUUCAACCUUGAAUUUAAAAAUAAGACUUUUGAAAAUUAGCUGAAUAUCAAUGAUUCUGAAUAAAUUAGAUAGUUUUUAAGGUCAUCUUAUGUAGUAGUAAAUAUGAAUGAAAAUGAGAGAUUUAAUGAAAAAAAUUUAUGUAAAUUAUAAAAACUUGAAGAAUUUUGUUUUAUGAAAAUAAAGAGCACUGAUAGUUAUAUGAAUGCUGAAAAUUAAGGACAUGAAAUUGAUAUUGUAUAAUAAGAUAAGAAUAAUUAGAGAUUAAGUUAAAUGAAGAUUAUUAUCAAAACAUUUAAUUUUGGAAAACCCAUUUUAGUUGUUAUUAUCAAAACCGAAUAAGUACAUAAUUUAAUAGAAUCUUAUGAAAAUGAUAUUAUGGAUUAUUAAUAAGCAAUUGUCAAUUAUUCCUAAGAAAUUAUUAAUAAAUAAGCUAAUAUAAAUUAAGAAAUAAAAAAAAUCAAAUAACACUUCUCUAAGAAUGUUUAAGAUUAAAUGUUUCUCAAACUUUAAUGCCUAAAUUUAUAAAUAAUGAAUUUUGUAAGAAAUUAUUUAAUUUAUUUCUAAUAAGAUAAAAUUUCAUAAAUAGCAUAGAUUCAAUAUAUUUCUAAUCUAUAUGAAUAUGUUGAAACCAUUUAAUAAUAUCUAUCUUCUAUUUCAGAUUACUAUUCUGUAAAAUUUAUACUGAAAUAUUAAAUGGAAGCUUAAUUUUGUUUCAACAUAAACGUUAAAUUUUUAACCUAAAUAUCUAUUAAUUUAUUUGAAUAAAUAUUAACACACUCGAUAAAGAAUCAAGUAAUAAGUUUAAAUAUUACUGAAGAAUUAUAAUCAUCAACCAAAAGAUAUACAUAGUAAUAAAUGGAUACAAAAAAGAAGGUUGAGGAUUUUUAAACAUAAUCUAAAUAAUUAUUUGAUUUAAGAUUAAUUUCAUUUACAUUCACUUUCUAUUCUUAACACUAUAUUAACUUUCAAUAAUUUUAAUCAUUUUAAGUUAAAAAUAGUAAAAAUCUAAAAAAUUUAAAUAACAUAUCAGAAUAUGUAACAUGUUACCUGUUGGAUAAAAUAGGACCAAAUAAUUAUGUUUAAAUAAAUUAAGUAGAAAUAAUAGAUUCUACAUAAAGAAUAUGUUAUUAAAAUAGAAUGAAAUUUCUAAUUUAUUCAGAUCAAUCUUAAAUAGAACCAUCUUUUUUGAAAUAAAUUCCAGUGAUAUAAAAAAAAUAUUGA